AUGAGCGACAAGACCGAAGACAAGAAGCAGCAGUCGGCCGAAAACAACGGCGGCGAGCCAGAGGCCGAGAAGCCGGUGGUGGCCCGCGCCGUCUCCGGAACCGUCAAGUGGUUCAACGUCAAGAACGGAUACGGUUUCAUCAACCGCAAGGACACCAACGAGGACAUCUUCGUCCACCAGACCGCCAUCACCAAGAACAACCCGAACAAGUACCUGCGCUCGCUCGGCGAUGGCGAGGAGGUCCAGUUCGACGUCGUCACCGGCAGCAAGGGCCCCGAGGCGGCCAACGUGAGCGGCCCCGAGGGUGGCCCCGUCCAGGGCAGCAAGUACGCCGCCGACCGUGGGGCCGAGCGUGGAGGAUUCCGCCGCAGACGCGGUGGCCCCCGUCGUUCGACUUCCGACCGUGAGGACCAGGGCGGCGAAGCGGGCGAGGGAGAAGAGGGCGCCGAGGGCGGUCAGCGUCGUCGUGGCGGUUACCGCGGACGCGGACGCUCUUUCCGUCGCGGUGGCUACCGUGGCGGACGUGGCGGACGCCGUAGCGAGAGCGAAGGCGGACCCCAGGGCGAGCACGAGGGCGACAACAACGGCGGUGAAGGAGGCGAGGGCAGUCGCGGCCGUGGCGGACGUGGACGCGGUCGUGGAGGCCGUGGCGGACGCGGUGGUCGCGGACGUGGCGCCCCGGCCGGCGAGAGCACCGCC